AUGUUGUUCUAUUUCUCUACGCCGGCCCUUCGUGUCCGGCCUAUAUUCCUCAUGAAUGUGGUGUCUGUGGCAAUGGGGAUCGUGCUUGGCUUCACCAUAGCAGCUAUAACUAUCGAGGCUAUCCGCCACCCCGACGAGCCUUUGGACGUGAAUAUGACCGCUUUCGCCAUAUCCAGCAGUCUGAUCAUCCCAAUAUUCAUUGACGUCAUUCUUGCCCUUCGCCUCUACGCCGUCUUUCCGUACCGGACUACAUCUACAUGGAUAUUGUGCAUAGUCUUUGUGCCACUUGUCUUGUUCAAGGUUGCGCGUUUGACUAACGUUAUACUUCUCGUCGUCAAAGUUGUGGAUGUUCUACGACAGAGGGGUUCUACUACUUAUACGAACGCGGUCGACUUUGAGCAGCUCAACCCGAACCACAAAAUUGAAUGGGGCCUACUCGUAGUCGACAACUGCUACGCAUCAGCCUUUUUCUUAUGGAAGAUCGGUAUGGGCCGUAGGAUCAAGACCUCGGGCAUAGCAUCAUAUGCAAGGGACACUUUGACUCAAUUAUUCUACCUUGGGAUAGCAAGUUUUGUCUUCCCUUGCAUGCUCGCUAUCGUGCAAUUUGUAUUUGCCUUCCUGGGUAGUCGGGGCUACGCUGAGCUCUACAUCUUCGUCAGCAAUGUGUAUGUCGAAAUAAUCUGUUCCCUUUUGGCCACUUUAUGGGUUGCCCAAAACCGCUGGUUCGAACAUCGUAUCUCCCAGCAACCCGAAGCAAGCCGCAUUUCAUUUUUCAAAGACACAUCCCAUCCUAGCAACGUCACCAACAUCGAGACAAAUAACGCUGUCGGUAGCCAAAAUUCAUCAGAAGACAGCAUUGUCAAAGCCAAUGGCGAGAUGGACGCACGUAGAGCUCAGGGAAUUUUGAACCCGACAACGAAGUAG